AUGCGUAGUGCAAUACGUUCUGAUUCUUAUACAGAAUCUGUUAAACAAGAAAUUCAUGAAUCAACUGCAACAUCAAAACCAUCGAAUAGACGAUUAAAAGCCAAUGGUGAUGUUCAACAACGAUCGUCUUAUUAUCUAUCUGGUAAUUCGUUACCUUCAAGUACUCGAUCAUCUGUCUGUGGAUCCACAUUGAUGACUUCAUUACCGAAUCAUCCGGAUUUUCAAAAACGACGACAGAUUGAAAAAACCAAUUCAAAACAGUUGGAUCCUUCUCCGUUAACAGUAAAACCACCACGCGAAGUUUCUGUCCGUGUGAAAUUUAUUCGUCUUGGUGAAGUAAUUACAUUAGAAGAAAAAUUUUAUGCUGAAGUUGUUAUUGAAGCCCGAUGGUUAUAUGAUCCUGAAGCAGCUUCAUGGAAUCCAAAUCUUUACGUUAAAAAUGCACUUGGUGAUGUUAAACAAGAAGUUGCUCGCGAAUUAGUUGAUAAUUUAGAUGAACCUGUUUAUAUUGAUAGUAAAAACGAUGAUAUUAUUUACGUAUGGGAAGUACGCAAGGUUGUGGGUACAUUCUGGGAAAAACUUGAAUUAAAUAGUUUUCCAGUUGAUGUGCAACAACUUUCACUGCAGAUUGUUACAAGAUGUUCGGUUGAAGAAUGUGUUCUAGUUGAAAAUAGUUUUCAGCCUUCGAUGGUCAACCGAGAAGCUUUUCUAGCCCAACAAGAAUGGUUUCUCUACGAACAAAUUGAAGCACGCUCAACAAUAACAAUGGAAGAUUUUAGUUUUCGACCUAUUCGGCAAUCAACAUAUAUCGUAACAUGCUGUGUUGCCCGCCGACCGGGUUAUUUCUAUUGGAAUGUUUAUUUACUUAUUUUUCUUAUUACACUCAUUGCACUAACUGUCUAUAGUGUUGCACCUGAAUAUCCACAAAAUCGUCUUCAGAUUACAUGUACACUUUUACUAACAUCAAUUAUGUUUCGUUGGUCCGUUUCGCGUCUUCUUCCGCCUGUAUCUUAUUUGACAUUAUUAGAUAAAUAUACGCUUAUAUCAUUAGUUUUCAUAUCGGUUAAUUCAAUAUGGCAUUCAAUAAUCGGUUUUCUUAUGAGACAUAUGCAUAUAUCAAAAGCCGUCGAUUAUUAUGUACUUGGUGUAUCGACAAUGUUUUUUCUUAUCUACCAUUGUAUAAUGGUUUUUUCAUUAUAUCAAGCACUACGUCGUCGUCAAGUAAUUCUCGAAAGCGAUCGUAAAUAUGCCACGAAACUAGCAGGACUCUUUGAAACAUUUGCACAAGGUCAUCAUGCGGUACAACAUUUUAAAGACAGACAAAAUUCAAGUCAUGCAUCUCUCUUUGUUUGA